AUGCAUGUUGGAGCGCAGGGAGGGAAUAGUGAUGGUGGUGAGGAUAGGGAUAGGGAAUGGGGGGUGGUCACAGAGAGGUUUUCGGAUACGUGGACGAAGAUGCGGGUUUUUGAGGUGCUAGACGUGGAACGCGAGGGAGGGAAGAAGCGGAGGAUUGAGAGCUUGUGUUUUCUGGAUGCGGGUAUGCUUGUUUUGGCGGAUCCUACGCCGCUGAUCUUUAGUAAAGAGAACUUGGAGUAUCUGCAAGACGAUGCCGACGGCGAGGAAGAGGAAAAGGAACAGGGAAAAAGACUCUGCGCCACACACAUCGCGCCCGUAGAUGCGGAGAUAGAGACGAAGGGCAUCUUCAACACAGGCACCUUCCUCUUCCGCCCCAGCGCCUCGCUCCGCGCCUCCGUCCUCUCCGCCUUCUCUUCCACACCGACCGACCAGCUCCGCGCGCUGAACUUCCCGGACCGGGAUUUCUUGAAUAUGACGUGGCGCUAUUGGAAUGCUAAAACCUGGCGCGAUGCGGAAGUCGCGGUGCUGCAUUACAUUGUGGAUAAGUCGUGGGCGGCAAGGGUGAGGGGGGAUGGGAGCGCGGGGUAUAGGGGGCAGGAUGGCGUAACGCAUGGAUGGUGGUGGGUGGAGUGGGAGAGGUGGUUGGCGGAGCGAUGGGGGCAAGGGGAGAGAGAACCGUUGAGCGUAGUAGGGGAGUUUGUGGCAUCCGCUGAUGGGGAGGGGAGUGAGGAGAUGCAGGCGAUUGGCGGGGGAGCGCAGGCGUUUGCUAAGAAGUGGGAGGGUGGAGAUGAUGCGGCUGCGGGCGAGAAGCGCGACGAUGGCACAUAUGGGCAAGGCCCGCAUGGGCCGGUGCUGAGGAAGCGCGUGGGCAUGGGCCGGUUGUGA